CCGAACACUGCCCGAGUUCUGAACCCGUCGCGCUCGAUUCGGUGACUCUGCGUGGUAUCUAGUCCGGUGGUGAUUCGCCAUGCCGGCGUACGAACUGCAAUUCGGUUACACUCUGGCCGCUUGCGGAGCGUGCAGUUUCGUUUACUAUGUCGCGCAGUCCAUCCGGUCCGCCAGAACAGGAAAAGUUCAGCUUCCAGCCGGCGACGGGAGUUUGGAUGAGUCGGAGAAUGAUCCGUUCAAGAUGUUGAAGCCUGGUGACCUGGUGGACGGAGAGCCUCUGGACGAAGAGAAAUUCUGGAAAUGGACGAAGAUGCGCAAAUUAUUGUUAUUCGCAAUCCUUAUUUCCAUCCUGGGCAUCAACGGCAUAUUCCUGCAUUGGACGCGUCAGGCCCGAGCUCCGACGCAGAUCUUGGUUCAAACAUUGCAUGCAAGCCUCUCAUUGUACCUCUGCAUCUUGUCGUUGCGUUGGUUAUGGCAAAACACGGUGUCGACUCACUCAAAAACUACGGUGCACCUCUCCAUCUUGACCAGCGCAACAGCUACUUUGCUCGGACUCAGCGCGUUGAUCCCAUCCGCACCGUUCGAGGACACAUACCCCCAUGGCAAACCUACGGCUCGCCUAUGGUACUCAAGACUGGUGUUAUAUGUUGUGGCUACUGCAAUUGCCAUCACCACUCCUCGGGGCCCUCGCCUUCACCUGCCACUCGAACUCAUUUAUGCUCCAAAGACGAUUUCAGCGAGGACGAACCCCAGGAAAGAGAACGUCGUCGGGGUCCUUCGCUGCUCUAUCUUUGACCUCAUCACCUUCUCCUAUGCCACACCCGUCGUGCGCCUGGGAGCCCAACUCGAAACUCUCAAUAUCGCCGACUUCCCAGUCGUCCCGUCGGCGAGCCGAGCUUCCGUUCUCUUCACCACAAUGCGGCACGCGAUGAAAACUGUCAACUUGCGCGUUGCCCGGCCAGGCUCUGGGUUUGGUAUGGCUUGGAGAUUGCUCAGGGUCAAUUGGCAGCCGUUGGCGGGCGAAGUGGUCGUGACCGUGAUCGUCUCGGCCUUGUACUACGCCCCCAAGUACUUCCUCAAGUUGCUCGUUCAGCAUUUGGAAAUGGCCCCUGAGGCGAGGAAUAUCCAAUGGGCUUGGGUGUUUGUGGUAGGGAUGAUCAUGUCAACCGUCGCUGCGUCUUUGCUGUUUGACCAGGUCAUCUAUUUUGCCCAAAUGACGCUGCAAGUUCGAAUACGCAUUGAGCUUAACUCCAUCUUGUUUGCGAAGACACUCGCUCGCAAAGAUAUCGCAUCUUCUUCAGAAGCUUCCCAGGAACAAGAAGAAGGCGAAGGCGAGGCUAAAGCGGCUAAGAAGGACGAGAAGGAAGCGUUCUCGAGCAAGGCUCAGGUCAUGACGCUGAUCACCACCGACGUGGAUCGCGUGGCUAACUUCCCCAUAUACAUGUUCAGUGUUAUCAAUUGCCCUGUUGAGAUCAGUGUGGCGACAGCCCUGCUUUACAACAUCCUAGGGUCGUCAUGCUUCGUCGGGCUAGCAGUCGCCAUCUUCACUGUGCCAAUGAACCACUUCGCCGGCAAUCUAAUUUCGCGCGCCCAGGAAAACCUGAUGAAGACGCGGGACGAACGUGUUUCGCUGAUGAAUGAAGUCUUGGGUGCGAUUCGCAUGCUCAAGUUCAUGGCCUGGGAACGUAACUUCGAGCAGCGCGUUAUGAAGAUCCGUGACCGCGAAUUGUACUGGCAAAAGAUGACGUUCGCGAUCGAGGUGUGCCUCAACGCCAUUUGGGACUCAGCGCCCAUCAUGAUCACCCUCAUCUCCUUCUACCACUUUGCCGUGGUCCGAGGAGAGCCCCUGGCGCCGAGCGUGGCCUUCACCGCAAUUGCCGUCUUCGCGGAGUUGCGUUAUGCACUCAACAACGUGCCAGAAACGGUCAUCAAAGUGUUGCAAGCAUUCGUCUCCUUGCGACGCAUGGAGCGGUAUCUUGACGGCGCCGAGAUCACGCAUUCUAAGGGUGGAGAGUACCCGGUUGCCUUCAGAAACGCGACGGUCACUUGGCCACAAGACAAGCGUACUGGAAGCUCCCAGGCCUCGUCGGCUGCGUCUACUCCGAGACGCAAUUUCGUCCUCUCGGACGUGACCCUCGAUUUCCCCAAAGGAGAACUCACCCUGAUAUGCGGCAAGCUUGGAUCCGGUAAAACGCUCAUGCUUCUCGCCCUCCUCGGCGAAGCCGAACUGUUGGCCGGACAAGUUACGUGUCCCAGAUCCCGGCCUGACGCUAUCGCGGACUUUGCGAAGAGCUCCGCGAGUGAGGACGACUGGAUAGUCGAGGGUAUCUCAGCAUACGUACCUCAAAUCGCGUGGCUCAGAAAUGCGUCCAUCCGAGACAAUAUCCUUUUUGACCUUCCAUAUGUCGAAGAACGGUACAACAAAACCAUUGAAGCUUGCGCAUUGCUCAAUGACUUCGCGAUUCUCGAGGAUGGCGACCAGUCCGAAAUCGGUGAACAGGGUAUAGGCUUGAGUGGCGGGCAGAAAGCCCGAGUUUCGCUUGCUCGUGCCGUCUAUUCCCGAGCUUCAACCGUUCUCUUGGAUGACGUCCUGUCUGCUGUGGACGCUCAUACUGCUGGGUAUAUCUACGACAACUGCCUGAAAGGUGAACUGAUGCGCGGAAGAACGGUGAUCCUCGUGUCCCAUCAUGUCCAGUUAUGCUCUGUCGGUGCCAAAUAUAUUGUCGCCCUCGAUAACGGGUCCGUUCAAUUCUCCGGAAGUCGCGAAGGAUUCCAAUCUUCCGGCCUCAUCGAUACGUUGAUGCAAUCCGGGGCGGCAAACAUCGAAGAUGACGAGGUCCUUAUGGUUCCCGAGGAUGCAGGGCAUGAUGAUAGGAAGACCGCCACCGAUGCCAGCUCUGAAACCGCCGUGUCCACGACUGAAUCGAACGCAAAUCCUGAGAAGACGAAGUCACCGCGAAAGCUUGUUGAAGAUGAAGCGAGAGCUACCGGGCGCGUCAGUGCAGCCAUCUGGACGCUCUUCAUCAAGUCUUGCGGGGGUUCAGUGCAUUGGGCGUUUACGAUCAUCGCGCUUCUGGUUGCCGCCGCGGGACCCCUCCUCGAAAAUGGAUGGUUGAAGAUCUGGUCUGGCGCUUCUCUGUCAUCGGGAAACACGAAGAGCCCGAUGUUUUACAUUUCUGUCUACGCGGUGAUCAGGUUUUUGGGUUUGGUGACUCCACUCUUCCGGUCCUACAUGUUCUUCUCCGGUUCCAUCCGUGCCUCCAAGAGAUUGUACAAAAACUUGUUGGAAACUGUCUUGUUCGCUCCUAUCCGGUUCCACGACACGGUAUCUAAGGGUCGAUUGCUCAACCGCUUCGGUAAAGACUUCGAAGUCAUUGACAGUCAAAUGGCCGAGCAGUUCGGUAGAAGUGUGUUUAUGGGCUUGGACAUGACCGUUGUCUUCAUCAUCGUCUGCUACGUCGGGGGAAUUAUGUUCAUCAUACCUUUCCUUGCGCUGGGGCUCGUAUAUGUCAAGGUUUCCAACGUCUAUGCUCAAACAGCUCGUGAUAUGCGUCGGCUCGACAGUGUCUCCCGUUCGCCAGUCCUUUCAAUCUACGGAGAGACUAUCUCCGGUGUACCGGUCAUCCGAGCAUUCGGUGCAUCGACCAAGUUCAUGGCCGAUAUGUUGCGUUCCGUAGAUACGAACUCGAACCCGUAUUACUGGCAACAGUGCACGAUCCGUUGGCUGGAUGUGCGAUUGGGCCAGAUUUCAAAUUUCGUGGUCGGCCUCAUCGCGGUCUCCAUGAUCCUCCGUUCCGGGGUUGAUGCAUCCCUGGCUGGCUUCACGCUCUCGAUGUCCUCGAGCAUGGUUUGGAUCCUGACGUUCCUGGUGUUCAGUUUCGUUGGUCUUGAACAAUCAAUGGUCUCGCUUGAGCGUGUCAAAGAGUACUCCGAGCUUCCGAGAGAGGCUCCUGAAUUCUUGGAACCUCGUCCACCAGCCUCAUGGCCUUCUGAGGGUGAAAUUGUUUGCGAGGAUCUUGUGAUCCGAUAUGCGCCGGAAUUGCCUCCCGUGAUACACGGAGUGUCCUUCACCAUCAAACCGAGCGAGAAGGUCGGCAUCUUAGGUCGGACCGGAUCUGGAAAAUCGACGCUCGCGAUGUCUCUGUUCCGCUUUGUGGAGGCCUCCGAAGGGCGUAUCCUGAUUGACGGCGUGGAUACUUCCAAGAUCGGUCUCACAGACUUGCGCAGUCGUCUGACCAUCAUCCCUCAGGACCCCACCAUCUUGAGCGGGACUGUGCGGUCUACCCUCGACGUCUUUGGCGAAUAUCAGGAUGCUGAGAUCUUCGAGGCCCUGCGUAGGGUGCAUCUCAUCCCCUCCGAGGAGGAUGACGCCGCACAAGUGGAAAUGCCUGAGACGAUCAACGUGAACGUGUUCCGGAAUCUGGACUCUCCCGUCUCCGAGGGCGGCGAAAACUUCUCAACCGGAGAGAAGCAGCUGCUCUGCAUGGCUCGCGCGAUCCUCAAGAGAUCGAAGGUGCUGGUCAUGGAUGAGGCGACUGCAAGUGUGGACUACGCGACCGAUGAGCUCAUUGGCAAGACCAUCCGACACGAAUUCCGGCAAUCGACGAUACUCACCAUCGCUCACCGUCUGAGGACGGUGAUCGACUACGACCGCGUCAUGGUGCUCGACGCGGGGAAGAUCGUCGAGUUCGCCAACCCGGGCGAACUGCUCGCCGACAGGAACUCCAAGUUCUAUGCACUGUGCAAGGCUACCGGCAAGGAAGAGUUCUCCGUCCUGAGAAAGCUGGCACACGAAUCGGCGUCGAAAAGGGCAUAAUAGAUGGCCAUCCGUUAUUAGAGCUAAAUAUAGAUAUUUACUGUCUUCUAAUAUCUCACUACAUACAAUCAACCUCGAACUGUGCGGGAGGAUAGACUCGGACCUCCGGCUGAGGUUUCGCUCGUGGCAGGGUUCGGUGAUCUCCCGGUGUCGGGGGAAGGCGCACGAGACCUCUGAAAAUACGAGGCGCCAGGGUAAAACCGAGUGGGGACGAAGCCCGGAGGCAGUGCGUCGUAAUCAAACAUGGCCUUGCCCAUGUUGCCUGCCGAGUUCAGUGGGAGAACCGAUUGAGUCGAGGGGGCCGAGCUGACGCCGCCAGGAUCGCGACGGGAGUAUGCACUUGGCGAUACGCCGGUGCCGAUGCCGGGAGUGGCGACGACGCUCCACCUUCCCGGGGUGACCGGGUCGGUGGACGUCUUUGCGAGCCCCGGGGGGAGAGGUGCGGAGGGGUGUAGAGCGACCCGCGCAGGCUCUUCGGGAUACUCGCCGCUGCCCCGGUUGGACGACCGAUGGUGCUCGGCUGAGGAUACCCGAGCGGCUGCACGGUCUAGCGACGUAGGUGCCUCCGGUUCGCGCAGAGAAGAGCGCCAGGAUGCGGGGGUCGCGAGACGCGUUGAGCCUGCAUCAUCUGUGGCCGCCCGUGGGGCGUAAGCAUAGUCGAUUCCCUUCACUGCCUGCGCCAUCCUCGGACGAUUCUGCGAUCGCACAUGGACCAUUUCCAACUGUUGGGUGAUUUGAUGGCGAGAAUAAUGUGGACGCGAUCGGGGCGCGGUAGGGCGCGUAUAAGUACUAGCACUGGCGCGGACUGGGUUCGGGUUCUCUCAUGAGCGACGCUCUUGGCGGGCUGCAAGAGCAGAGGUCGGGGCGUCCGGUGCGGCCCCCGACGUCAUCCGAUACGCAUCAGAGCGGGGCGGUCGCCAGAACGCUGGGCGCGCGCUGAUGACCAUGGCGGUCAG